CUGCGUCGUCCAGUUGAGUCCACGCGGAUGUCACUCGGUUUCAUCCACUCUGUCACCAACCACCAGCCCAGCGUCCACCACCGACCACCGCCACUUCUGCCUAAUAAACGUCGCCCCCUUCGAGAACGGCAAGAAGAAAAGCGCGCCGACACUUUGAUCCAUGGCUGUAGUGAGGUUUUACGGCGGUGAGGUAAAGGGGCGUAACCUCCAGCGGGCGGCCAAGCUCUACCCCCAGCUAUCCAUCUCCACUGAGCUUUGCUACAAUGUGGAGCUGACGGGAAGCGCCAGUCUAGGUGCAGAACAAAAGGAGAUCCUCCUCUGGUUGUUCCAACCUCCGUUGCAGGCCGAAGCGCUCUGUGAGACGCCCAAACUCAAAGAGGGCGAUGGUGCUGCACUGGUGGAGAUCGGACCCAGGCUGAACUUCUCCACUGCAUGGUCCACCAACGCCGUGUCCAUAUGUCAGAGCGCCGGCCUCACCAACGUCACACGGGUAGAACUGUCGCGGAGAUUCCUUAUCAAGCCGAAGGACAGUGCCGACACGGCCGACAUCCUGAAGGACGUGAAGAAUCUGAUCGUCAUCCUGCACGACAGCAUGACGGAGUGCGUCUAUGAGCAUCCCGUCGCUUCCUUCACCGUGGACGCCCGAGUGCAGUCUGUUUUUGAGGUGGACGUCCUGGGCGAGGGGCGAGCAGCGUUAGAGAAGGCCAACGACCAGCUCGGUUUGGCCUUUGAUGACUGGGAUCUGAAUUUCUACACGUCAAUGUUCCGGAGGAUCCAGAGGAACCCGACCAGCGUGGAGUGUUUCGACCUGGCCCAGUCCAACAGCGAGCACAGCCGCCACUGGUUCUUCCGGGGCCGCAUGGUUAUCGACGGCCAGGAGCAAGAGGAGACGCUCUUCCGCCUCAUCAUGGACACGCAGAAGCACAGCAACAGCAACAACGUCAUCAAGUUCUGCGACAACAGCAGUGGUAUCAAAGGCAUGGAGCUGGAGUGCAUCUACCCCAAAGAUACGUCCCAAGCCAGUCCCUACGAGACACGCCAGUCGCUGCGACACGUCAUCUUCACCGCCGAGACGCACAACUUCCCAACAGGCGUGGCUCCGUUCAGCGGUGCUACCACGGGCACCGGUGGCCGCAUCAGAGACGUCCAGAGUGCCGGGCAGGGAGGCCACGUCAUUGCUGGCACCGCCGGAUACUGCUUUGGCAAUCUGCACAUACCAGGUUACGCGCUCCCUUGGGAGCAAAAUGGAGAGGGAUGGGAGUACCCCACUAGCUUUGCCCCGCCGCUGCAGGUGGCUAUCGAGGCCAGUGAUGGCGCCUCGGACUACGGCAACAAGUUUGGGGAACCUGUUCUGUCAGGAUUCGCCCGUUCCUUCGGGAUGCGGCUUCCCAAUGGGGAGCGGCGAGAGUGGAUUAAGCCCAUCAUGUUCAGUGGAGGGCUCGGGUCCAUUGAGGAUGCGCAUGUAAAGAAGGAGCAGCCAGAGAAAGGUAUGGAAGUGGUGAAGAUCGGAGGCCCAGUUUACCGAAUCGGCGUGGGAGGAGGUGCGGCUUCCUCUGUUCAAGUUCAAGGCGACAACUCCAGCGACCGAGACCUGGGCGCUGUGCAGCGAGGAGACGCCGAGAUGGAGCAGAAGAUGAAUCGAGCGCUGAGGGCCUGUCUGGAACGAUGGGAUGGGAACCCCAUCUGCAGCAUCCAUGACCAGGGAGCAGGAGGGAAUGGAAAUGUUCUAAAGGAGCUGAGCGAGCCUGCUGGUGCUGUCAUCUACUGCAGCCGAUUCAAGAAAGGCGAUCCCACGCUGAGUGUGCUGGAGCUUUGGGGGGCCGAGUAUCAGGAGAGCAACGCCCUGCUGCUACGCCCGUCAGACCGCUCCUUCCUGGAGAGGGUUUGCCAACGGGAGAAAUGUCCCGUGGACUUUGUGGGGAACAUCAGUGGCGACGGCAAGAUUGUGCUGGUGGAUGACGAGAACACAGGCGGUGAGCCAGUCAUCAACGGGCGCCAUCCAGUGGACCUGCAACUUAAAUGGGUGCUGGGCAAGAUGCCCCAGAAGGAGUUCAAAAUGGAGCGACUGAACCCCACGCUUCACCCACUGUUGCUUCCCGCCGGGCUGACGGUCAGAGACGCCCUGGAGAGAGUUUUACGGUUGCCCGCUGUGGCCUCCAAACGCUACCUGACCAAUAAGGUGGACAGGUCUGUGACGGGAUUGGUCGCCCAGCAACAAUGCGUGGGCCCCCUCCACACGCCGCUGGCGGACGUUGCCGUUGUGGCCCUUUCGCCAUUGGGCCUGAAGGGGGCGGCGACGGCCAUCGGCGAGCAGCCCGUCAAAGCGCUGGUCAACGCAGCGGCGGGCGCUCGCAUGGCGGUGGGCGAAGCACUCACCAAUCUGAUGUUUGCCAGAAUCUCUGCGCUUAAGGACGUGAAGUGCAGCGGGAACUGGAUGUGGGCCGCCAAGCUGCCGGGCGAGGGUGCGCUCCUUUGGGAGUCCUGCCGGGCCAUGUGUAAGGUGAUGGGGGAAUUAGGGGUGGCCAUCGACGGCGGUAAGGACUCGCUGAGUAUGGCCGCUCGCGUGGGGAAAGAGACUGUUAAAGCUCCAGGAGCUCUGGUUAUCUCUGCAUAUGCCGUGUGUCCUGACAUUAGCGCAACUGUCACGCCUGAUCUUGAGGAUCCAGACGGCAAAGGUGUGCUGUUGUGGGUUCCUCUCAGUCCAGGCCAGCACCGUCUGGGCGGUUCUGCUCUGGCUCAGUGCUACGCUCAGCUGGGAGAUUGUUCUGCUGACAUGGAGCAGCCACAACUUCUGGCUGCCUGCUUCAGCACCACUCAGACGCUAAUAAACGAUCGUCUGCUGAGCGCAGGACAUGACAUCAGCGACGGAGGCCUCAUUUCCUGUGUACUGGAGAUGGCGUUUGCAGGAAACCGUGGCAUAGACGUGGAUGUGCCAUCUCUGGGAGCCCCGGGAGUCAUGGAACUGCUCUUCAGUGAAGAGCUGGGUCUGGUUCUGGAGGUGUCAGAAACUGACGAAGAACGCGUGUGCCACAGAUUCCUUGACGCCAGCGUUGCGUGUCACCGCAUCGGCAGAACCUGCGGCUUCGGCCCAAAGGCCAUAGUGACUGUGCGUGUGGAUGGACAAGAAGUGCUGAGGGAACACUUGCCCAACCUCAGAGUGUUGUGGGAGGAGACCAGCUUCCAGUUGGAGCGCCUGCAGGCCGACGAGCUUUGCGUUCAACAGGAAGAGGAGGGGCUCGCCAGGAGGACGCAGCCUAGCUUUAAAGUUACCUUUGACCCAUCUGAGGUGCCUCUUUGCACGCAGCCUGUAGCAGUGCAGCCCCGUGUGGCCGUGGUGAGGGAAGAGGGCAGCAAUGGCGAUCGAGAGAUGUCGGCCUCUCUGCACAUGGCGGGAUUUGAGGUGUGGGACGUGACCAUGCAGGACCUGUGCUCGGCCGCCGUCACACUGGACCCGUUCAACGCCGUCGUGUUCGUGGGAGGCUUCAGCUACGCCGACGUGCUGGGCUCAGCCAAAGGUUGGGCCGCCACAGUCGCGUACAACGCUGCCGCCAAAGCCCAGUUUGAUCGCUUCCGACGGAGGGCCGACACGUUGAGCCUGGGCGUGUGCAACGGUUGUCAGCUGCUCGCUCUGCUGGGCUGGGUGGGAGCGAGCCAAGAUGGUGCAGAGUCUGACGUGGUUCUGACCCACAACAAGUCUGGGAGAUUCGAGUCUCGCUUCGUCACCGUGGGGAUCCAGGCGUCGCCGUCCGUGUGGCUGGCCGGCAUGGAAGGCUCGGCUCUGGGAGUGUGGGUGGCUCACGGAGAAGGUUUGAUGCAAUUCCGUAGCGACCAGGUUCUGGAUGACAUCACCUCGAGCGGCCUGGCCCCCGUCCGUUACCUGGACGACGACGGCCGUCCCACCGAGGAGUACCCCCUGAAUCCCAACGGCUCGCCGCGGGGCGUCGCAGGCCUGAGCUCUAGGGAUGGCAGGCACCUGGCCAUGAUGCCUCACCCGGAGCGCUGCACACUGGGCUGGCAGUGGCCUUGGGCACCCCGUGGCUUCAGGGCCCACCUGGAGACAUCGCCAUGGCUGCGCAUGUUCUGCAACGCCGCCGCCUGGUGCAGCCAAAAACACUAAAUGUGUC